AUGCUGGUCACUGCGAUUACCGAGAACCUCUGGACGCACGAGGUUACGAUUCGAGGACUGCCUUUCACACGCUCUCGUACGCUGAUGGCGAAGUUGCCUCGCAAACUGAACGAAAUAUUUGCGGUCUACGAGCUUGAGGAGGACGACAGCCGCGCCCCGGAGGAUCAAGCAUGCAUCGAGGUCCCCAUUUUUGCGCUUCUGAGGCCUCGAACUCUUCACCUCACCAACGCGCCCUACCCUCAUCAUCGAUACGAAGCAAAAGCUUUCCACAGUCGCGAGGCAGUUGAGAACGAGGGCACACUGGUUUGCCGCUGGAAGUUUUACGUUCAUUAUCGCAACUCCAACAACAAGAGGGAUCGCAAGGGACACCACUGGUCCCUUGAGCGAAUCAGGGAUCACGAGGUCAUUCGAGACGAGUACAGAGUUCCGGAGGAGGACCUCAGAGAGAAUUGGAGAGGACAGACAAUUCGGGGUGGCUCCCGCAUUCCCGAGGCACAAGGAUCGGUCGCUGGAUUCGCUGCGUACAAGCAGCAAUACACAGUCUUCGACUCGUUCUGCGGUGCCGGUGGGUUCUCUCGUGGAGCAGAGCGCGCCGGACUCUACGUCGAGCAUGCCAUUGAUCACUGGGAGAAGGCUUGCGGAACGUACCGUCUCAACUUUCCGAACACCAAUCUCUUCGAGAUGUCCAUUGAUGAGCUCAUGCUGGCGUCAAAGGAUACUCAGAUGCGUACCGACAUCCUGCACCUGUCUCCACCCUGUCAGACAUGGUCGCCUGCGCACACCGUCGCGGGUGCUAACGACGAGGCGAAUAUUGCCUCUUUGUUUGCUUGCAGAAGCCUUGUCGAAAAGGUACGGCCUCGUAUUUUCACCCUGGAACAGACUUUCGGCAUUAUGCAGGCCUGUCACGAUCCGUUCUUCUGCUCUCUCGUGGGGGGAUUCACGGAGCUCGGCUAUUCGGUCACCUGGAAGAUUGUCCAUCUUCAGACUUGGGGUCUACCCCAAACCCGGAAAAGACUGAUCAUGAUCGGGGCAUGCCCGGGAGAGAAGCUCCCCCCUUUUCCAUCCGCGACUCAUUCGGAGACUGGCGCCGGUGGCUUGUCGAAGUAUGUCACAAUCCGCCAGGCACUGUCAAAGAUCAAUGCCACGUCGACCUAUCAUAAUCCUGAGGAGGAAGUCAAGGACACACUGCCUGCCGGAUCAGUCGUGAGCGACCCGGACCAGAUCCUUCGCAGAUGCGUGACCUGCUCGGGCGGUCAGAACAUGCACUGGUCAAAUAAGAGAGCCUACACAGUCCGCGAAUUUGCCAGUCUUCAGGGGUUCCCGGUCUGGCACCAAUUCGCCGACGCGCCCAAGUCAGCCUUGAAGAAACAGAUCGGAAACGCCUUCCCGGCUUGCGUGGUGAGACUACUAUGUGAACAUCUGAAGAAACACCUCCUCGUCGAGGACGGUCUCGCCCCUGCGCAGGAGAUGCGUAGCAGCAUCGGCGGCCGGGAGUUGGUCUUCGUAUCGGAAGGCCCGCGUCGCGAAGAUCCGUCUGCUGCUCUCUCGCCGGGCGUCCCGGACCCGAGACGUUCACGGAAUGACGCUAUUAUGUUGGACGACGAUGUUGUGUUGAACGAUGAUCUUCAAAUCAGUAUUAAGUAUGACCAUGAUUACGAUGUCGAGAUGAGUGACGUGUCUAGCGCACCAGCCACUCCUAACACGCCCAAAACACCAGUCACUCCCGAAACGCCAUACACAUGGCGGUCGCGGUCGCGCUCGAGAACCAUGUCACUCAGAGGCACUCCCGAGCCUAGGUCAACUGGCGGCAGCAAGGAUAUGCCUAUUGUCUUUGAUGAUUAG